AUGCGCGCUCAUCGCGUCACAUCCGGUGCCUGUACCUCCCGAUGCCGGAAGUGGCUGCGUUGUGGUGGCGGCAGGAGCUCCGUCUAGAUUUCGCUACCUCUUUUCUCCGUGAGUGGGUCGGGCGACGUGUUCGGCGUCAUGGUGGAGGAGGUUCAGAAACAUUCUGUGCACACACUUGUGUUCAGAUCACUAAAGAGGACCCAUGACAUGUUUGUGGCUGAUAAUGCAAAGCCAGUACAGUUAGAUGAAGAGAGUCACAAGCUAAAGAUGGCUGUCAAACUUCAUACAGAGUAUGGUCCGGUGUUGCAUAUGCCUAUUUUGAAAGAAAAUCUUAGAGAGAAAGGCUCUCAGAGUGCAGUGGAUGCAUAUGGGCAUAAACAGUAUCCUGCCAAUCAAGGACAAGAACUUGAAUAUAUAGUAACUGGUACACAUCCAUACCCACCAGGACCUGGUGUGGCUUUGACUGCAGAUACUAAGAUUCAAAGAAUGCCGAGUGAAUCUGCUGCACAGUCUUUAGCUGUGGCUCUACCCCCUUCACAAUCCAGGAUAGAUGCAAACCGCACUGCAGCUAGUGUAGGUGAUAUUUACCGACAUGCUGGACUUCCUGAACGUUCACAGCCACCUGGAUUAGCUAUGGCUAUGAUGGAAGCUGGUGGCACCAAGAAUGCUGCAAUGAUGGCCAAAAAGGCACCUACAAUGCCUAAACCACAGUGGCAUCCACCAUGGAAACUAUAUAGAGUUAUCAGUGGACAUCUGGGCUGGGUCCGAUGUAUUGCAGUAGAACCUGGGAAUCAAUGGUUUGUUACUGGUUCUGCUGAUAGGACUAUAAAGAUCUGGGACCUGGCUAGUGGCAAAUUAAAACUAUCACUGACUGGACAUAUCAGUACUGUACGAGGGGUGAUAGUAAGUGCAAGGAGUCCAUACCUCUUCUCCUGUGGAGAAGACAAACAAGUGAAAUGCUGGGAUCUUGAAUACAAUAAGGUUAUCAGACAUUAUCAUGGACAUCUAAGUGCAGUGUAUGGUUUGGAUUUGCAUCCAACAAUUGAUGUGCUUGUGACUUGUAGUAGAGAUUCAACUGCACGGAUAUGGGACGUGAGGACAAAAGCCAGCGUACACACAUUGGCAGGGCAUACAAAUGCAGUGGCUACAGUAAAGUGUCAAGCUGCAGAACCACAAAUCAUUACAGGAAGCCAUGAUACAACCAUACGAUUAUGGGACUUGGUGGCAGGAAAAACACGUGUCACACUAACAAAUCACAAAAAAUCAGUUAGAGCAGUGGUUCUACAUCCAAGACAUUAUACAUUUGCAUCUGGUUCUCCAGAUAAUAUUAAACAGUGGAAAUUCCCUGAUGGAAACUUCAUUCAAAACCUUUCGGGUCAUAAUGCUAUAAUUAAUACACUGGCUGUGAAUUCAGAUGGAGUGCUGGUAUCUGGAGCGGAUAAUGGUACUAUGCAUCUCUGGGAUUGGAGAACUGGAUAUAAUUUUCAAAGAGUUCAUGCAGCUGUACAACCUGGGUCUUUGGACAGUGAAUCAGGAAUAUUUGCAUGUGCUUUUGACCAAUCAGAAAGUCGAUUACUAACUGCAGAAGCUGACAAAACCAUUAAAGUAUACAGAGAAGAUGAUUCAGCGACGGAAGAAACUCAUCCAGUCAGCUGGAAACCAGAAAUUAUCAAGCGAAAAAGAUUUUAAAAGUAGCAACAUGUAUAUAAUUGGGCCAUUGUUUUAUUUUGGCUUUUAUAAACACAGUCAGUCACAUUGUGCUCUCUAUAGGACUAUAAAGCAGAACCUCAAGUAGAGGUCAUUACUGCUUUAUCACAUUUUACAAUAAACUCCCUUUUUUCUUAGGCUUUGGUUCUUUUUUUUUUUA